UGUCGCCCUGUCCCCCGCCCCUCUGGCCUCCCGUCCCUUCUGCAACCAUCCAAUAACUUAACUCCCCUGCCCGGGAGGGGGCUGGCGGCCGCCCUCCCCUGUUCCGCCGCAUCUUGGCGCUGUCCGCGGUGCCGACCGCCAGUCCCCUGAUUGCCGUUUCCAGCCGCCGGGAUCUCGGAGGCGUCCAGCCUCCCCACCGGGCCUCCGACCUCUCUUUCUCCAGGCACCGCAGACAUAAAUCACGGUGGGAGACAGGCUUGGCUCCCCUGCGCCGGGAAGUCGCUGAUCCCCUCCCGCGGGCUCACGCACGGUUUUGCAGUAGUGGUGACAGCUACCGCCGAAGCAGGCGCUGGGGAAGCAAUUGAUUCGUCUCCUGCCGGCAGCCCGGAGUUGCCUACGCGGACAGGAGAAGGGGAGCCGGAGCCGAGCAAGCAGGGCUCACACCGGGGAAGCUUGAUCCAUGUGGAGGACAGUCUGACGGAGUCACCGUCUGCCCCCCGCCACCGGGAUUGACUUCUCCGCGUCCAGAGCAGAGGCACUUCCACCGACUGAGCUUUCAAACCAAGUCAUCGGGACUUAGCGUCCUCCCACCCGGCAGGGAAGGAGGGGUUGGCAAGAGCUGGGCUCGCCCGUCUCCCCUGCAAUCCGCCAGCAUCACGGAGCACCCGCCGUCCACCAUGACGGACACCGUGGUCAGCAACAGCGCCAACCGAUGGAUGUACCCCAGCGACCGGCCCCUGCAGUCCAAUGAAAAAGAACAGCUCCAGGCAGGCUGGAAUGUCCACCCCAGCGGUCAGCCCGACAGACAGAGGAAGCAGGAAGAGCUGACAGACGAGGAGAAGGAGAUCAUCAACAGGGUGAUCGCUCGAGCUGAGAAAAUGGAAGAGAUGGAGCAGGAGAGAAUCGGGCGCCUGGUUGACCGACUGGAGAACAUGAGGAAGAGCGUGGCCGGGGACGGGGUGAACCGCUGCAUACUGUGCGGAGAGCAGCUGGGGAUGCUGGGCUCGGCCUGUGUCGUGUGUGAGGACUGUAAGAAGAACGUCUGCACCAAGUGUGGGGUGGAGACCUCCAACAACCGCCCGCACCCCGUGUGGCUCUGUAAGAUCUGCAUGGAGCAGAGAGAGGUGUGGAAGCGCUCUGGAGCCUGGUUCUUCAAGGGCUUCCCCAAGCAGCUCCUCCCACAGCCCAUGCCCAUAAAGAAGAGCAAGCCCCAGCCGCCCGCGAGCGAGCCUGCCGCCCCAGAGCAGCCUCCUGAGCCCAAGCACACCGCCCGUGUUCCAGCCCGAGCUGACACUGAAGACAGAAGGGGCCCGGGUCCCAAAACAGGACCUGACCCAGCAUCUGCUCCUGGGAGAGGAAGCUAUGGGCCUCCUGUGCGCAGGGCCUCCGAGGCCCGCAUGAGCUCAUCUACCCGGGAUCCAGAGAGCUGGGACCAUGGUCAAGGUGGGGGAGCUGGAGACGCCAGCCGCAGCCCAGCAGGAUUGAGACGAGCCAACUCAGUCCAGGCCUCGAGACCCGCCCCAGCCUCCGUGCCCAGCCCAGCACCUCCUCAGCCUGGACAGCCAGGGCCCCCAGGGGGCAGCAGACCCGCGCCAGGGCCAGCAGGGCGCUUUCCAGAGCAGAGACCAGAAGUGGCUCCCAGCGACCCUGGCUAUACGGGAACCACGACCCCAGCCCGUGAAGAGAGAACAGGGGGAGUUGGGGGCCCUUAUUCCCAAGCAGCCGCAGCUGCGCCCCAGCCUGCCCCCGCCCCCACCCGCCAGCCACCCCCGGAGGAGGAGGAGGAUGCCAACAGCUACGAUUCCGAUGAAGCAACCACCCUGGGUGCCCUGGAAUUCAGCCUGCUCUAUGACCAGGACAACAGCUCUCUGCAGUGCACCAUCGUGAAGGCUAAGGGACUGAAGCCCAUGGAUUCCAAUGGCCUGGCCGAUCCCUAUGUGAAGCUGCACCUCCUGCCGGGAGCCAGCAAGUCCAACAAGCUACGGACAAAAACCCUGCGGAACACUCGGAACCCUGUCUGGAAUGAGACCCUUGUGUACCACGGCAUCACGGACGAGGACAUGCAGAGGAAGACCCUCAGGAUCUCCGUCUGUGACGAGGACAAAUUCGGCCACAAUGAGUUCAUUGGGGAGACCAGAUUCUCGCUCAAGAAACUGAAGCCCAACCAGAGGAAGAAUUUCAAUAUUUGUCUGGAGCGGGUGAUCCCCAUGAAGCGUGCAGGGACCACGGGGUCGGCCCGCGGCAUGGCGCUCUACGAGGAGGAGCAGCAGGUGGAGCGCAUUGGCGACAUUGAGGAACGUGGCAAGAUCCUGGUGUCCCUGAUGUACAGCACACAGCAGGGGGGCCUCAUCGUGGGCAUCGUGCGCUGCGUGCACCUGGCCGCCAUGGACGCCAACGGCUACUCGGACCCAUUUGUCAAGCUCUGGCUGAAACCAGACAUGGGGAAGAAGGCCAAACACAAGACUCAGAUUAAAAAGAAAACCUUGAAUCCUGAAUUUAACGAGGAGUUUUUCUACGACAUCAAACACAGUGACCUGGCCAAGAAGUCGCUGGACAUCUCUGUCUGGGACUACGACAUCGGGAAGUCCAACGACUACAUCGGAGGCUGCCAGCUGGGGAUCUCAGCCAAGGGAGAGCGUCUGAAACACUGGUACGAGUGUCUGAAAAACAAAGACAAGAAGAUCGAGCGCUGGCACCAGCUUCAGAACGAGAACCACGUGUCCAGCGAUUAGGGUCCUGGCCCCACCUCCCCGUCCCGCCCCACUCCCGGGUCCCCCCCAGCCACCCCUGGCACCCCGGUCUCUCUUCUCUGUGCCUACCUCCCCCUGCUCUCCCUGACCCUGCCUUCUAGGACCCCCUCACCUUGGGCACUGCUGCCAAAGACCUCUGCCCCCCACCCAGUGCUGGGCUGCAGGCUCUGAACGCAGCCCCUCUCUGGUCCCAAGGAUGAAGUGGCAGGGCUGGGGCUGGGGAGGUGUUUACAGGGAGGUGGUUCACUUCACAACCUCCCCGCGUAGGUGGACCGCAGAGGCUCACCUGCGUCUGGAACUGUCUGUGGACCCUCCUGGCCUUCAACACGUGCCCAGGAGGUCCCUUGCCGGGGUCCCGUCUGUGUGUGAGGGCAGCAUGGGGUGGAGGCAGAGCAGGCAGCGUCCCCAUGGCUCCUCCACACCCCCCGCGAUGGCCAGAGGACGCC